AUGACAGGCCAAAUAUUGCUUAAAGACCCCUCUUUGCUUGUUGGCAAGAACUUUAUUAACGGCCAAUGGGUCUCCGCUAUAUCAAAAGAGACAUUUGACGUAUUCGACCCAGCGACUGGCCUCAAAAUUGGAUCAUGCCCUGAAUCAACACCUGCCGAUGCACAACUUGCCAUUGAUGCUGCGGCCACAGCAUUUCCGGAAUGGCGUUCGAGGUCUGGCCGGGAAAGAUCUCGCAUACUUCGCCGCUGGUACGAAUUAGUGAUGGAGAACAAAGAUGAUUUAGCAACUCUUAUUACAUUCGAGAAUGGCAAAGCGAAGGGUGACGCUUCCGGUGAGGUCUUGUUUGCUGCUAGCUUCUUGGAAUGGUUCGCAGAGGAGGCGGCUCGUAUUUAUGGAGACUUGAUUCCUCAUUCGUCAACUGCAUAUCGUGUUUCUGUCGUCAAAGAGCCGAUUGGUGUCUGUGGCCUGAUAACUCCUUGGAACUUCCCCGCCGGCAUGGUGACUCGCAAGAUUGGACCUGCUCUAGCUGCUGGAUGUACGGUGGUAUUGAAAUCACCCGGUGAAACUCCAUUUUCAGCCAACGCUCUCGCGGUCCUGGCACAGCAGGCUGGUGUACCACCUGGAGUUAUCAACAUUAUCACAUGUCUGGCCAAUACACCACAAAUUGGUCAGCUACUGUGCACAUCCAGCAUUAUCCGAAAAGUCUCCUUCACCGGCUCGACAAGAAUAGGACGCUUGCUCAUGGCACAAUCCAGCAGCACAAUCAAGAAGCUCAGCCUGGAACUGGGCGGCAACGCUCCGUUUAUAGUCUUUGAUGACGCUGAUCUGGAUCUUGCUAUUCGAGAGGUAGUCACAGCCAAAUUCAAGGGCAGUGGACAAACUUGUGUUUGCGCUAAUCGUAUUUUUGUACACGAUCGAGUCUUUGACGAAUUUGUGCAGCAUUUGAAGGAAGCCACCAGCAACUUUCGAGUAGGAUCUGGACAUGAGCCAAGCACCACACAUGGCCCGCUCAUUAGCACCGCAGCAGUAGAAAAGGUGGCACGGCUUGUCGAUGAUGCUGUAAGCCGUGGCGCUAAAGUGAUUGCUGGAGGGAAACGGCGUCCAGAUAUAGGUCCCUGCUUCUAUGAGCCGACUAUCUUAACGGAUGUUGACCCUGGCUUGAGUAUCAGCCGGGAGGAGAUAUUUGGCCCCGUGGCAGUUGUCCAUCGGUUUGACUCGGAGAAGCAAGUUCUCACUGCCGCGAAUGAUUGUGAUGUUGGACUUGCCGCGUAUUUGUUUACUCAGGAUCUCAACCGAGCGACUCGUCUCUCUGAACAGAUUCAAAGUGGUAUGGUUGCCAUAAAUUGUGGAUCUGUUUCCGACGCACCAGUGCCCUUUGGAGGCAUUAAACAGUCGGGGCUUGGCCGAGAAGGGAGCAAAUAUGGUUUGGAUGACUACCUACAGCUCAAAACAGUAAUCACCGGCAACAUGUCCUAUCAAUCUCACUUGUGA